AUGCGUGAGCGUGUUCCAGAUGACGUCGUGGAAGACAUCUUGGGUCAGCUACCGGUGAAAUCCUUAACCCGCUUCAGGUGCGUUUCUAAAUCUUGCGACUCCAUCAUCACCGACCCCACUUUCAUUACCAAACACUUCAAGCUCAACCUUAACCAAUCCGAAUCAUUAAUAUCCACAAACACUCACAGUGGGUAUUUGCUAUAUACUACAAAGGUUAAGAAUAGUUCACCAUCUUCCAAACAUUUGUGUACAGUUGUUUGCAACAAUGACAGCACAUUGACCCAGAUUUCAAGGUAUGAAAUUCCCUCACUUUUUGAGAAAUAUAGUAUAGUUGGUUUCUGUAAUGGCUUGUUUUGUCUAGCUAGUCGUGACAAUGAUCUUAAUCACAUUAUAUAUUUGUGGAACCCAAGUAUUAGAAUGUUUAAGAAGCUUCUAGCUACUGACAAGGACACCUCCUCCGUUAUUGGACUUGCUUAUAAUUCUCAAAACAAUGACUUCAAGAUUCUUAGACUUGUGUCUUUUUUUGGGGGACAAGAGGCUGAAGCCGAGAUUUACAGCUUGAGUACAGAUUCGUCGAGAAAGGUUGUAAUAUCGAUGGAGUCCUUAAGAGUGUAUGAACCCAAGUUUGGAACUAUUGCUUAUGUUGAGCCACCCUGUAUAUUUUUGAAUGGAGCUUUGCACACAGUAGCAAUCACUAGUCGCCACCGUUUCAUUCUGUCCUUUGACGUCAAUGGUGAGAGCUUCCGUGAGAUAAUGUUGCCUCCUAAUCACUUGGAUGGAGUGCCCGUAAAUUUUGCGGAACUUGCAGUGUUCAAGGGAUCCCUGGCCGUUUUCGUUUUCGUUCAUGGUCGUCGGGGUAUCUUAUGCCACAUAUGGGUUAUGGAGGAGUAUGGUGUGGCCGAAUCUUGGACUAGAAAAUAUAUGGUACCAAUGAUUUGGGUUUGGGAAGGUUAUUUCUUUGGCUGCACUGAUAACGGUGAACUUCUAAUUAAGAAUGCCACUGGGCCGGUUUCAAUUGACCCUGAGAGUCCAAAUCAGAACAUUCUUGCAAUUGAAGAUGCUGAUUGGAUGGGUUUUGCAGCUAAUUCAAUGGAGAGCUUGAUUUUACUUGAUGGGGGAAAGUAA